GCCUGGAAACUUCUGGUAGUCUCUCUCAGGUGCCUGUGCAGAUUGUUCCAGAACAGUGCUCUGCCUUUCUUUAGGACUACCUCACCAGCUCUGGCACAGAGACUCCGCAUUCUGAGCUGACUACAGGUCUGACCUUCCCCACUGGCAGAGCCGGAGACAUGACCUGAGCUCCUGAUGCCCGCGCCCGGGGCCCCCGGGGAUUGCUGCGCGCCAUGGAGCUGAAGGUGUGGGUGGACGGAGUCCAGAGGACCGUCUGCGGGGUCACCGAAGCCACCACCUGCCAGGACGUGGUCAUAGCCUUAGCACAGGCCAUCGGUCGAACUGGAAGAUACACCCUCAUAGAAAAAUGGAGAGAUACUGAAAGGCAUCUCGCACCUCACGAAAACCCGAUCAUUUCUUUGAAUAAAUGGGGGCAGUAUGCGAGCGACGUGCAGCUCAUUCUGCGAAGAACGGGGCCGUCGCUCAGUGAGCGCCCCACUUCUGACAGCGUGGCCCGCAUUCCAGAAAGAACUUUGUACAGACAGAGUCUGCCCCCCUUAGCCAAACUGAGGCCCCCGGGAGACAAGGCCAUCAAGAGGAGAGAGCCCAAGAGGAAAUCUUUGACUUUCACCGGAGGGGCCAAAGGCUUAAUGGACAUCUUUGGGAAAGGGAAAGAAACUGAAUUCAAACAAAAGGUGUUAAAUAGUUGCAGAGCGACUGCCGAUGAGCUGAAGAAGCUGAUCCGCCUGCAGACCGAGCAACUCCAGUCCAUCGAGAAGCAGCUGGAAUCGAAUGAACUCGAGAUCCGAUUUUGGGAACAAAAGUAUCACUCAAACUUGGAAGAAGAGAUCAUCCGCCUUGAGCAAAAGAUCAAACGGAACGCCGUGGAAAUCGAGGAGGAAGAGUUUUGGGAAAAUGAAUUGCAGAUUGAGCAAGAAAAUGAAAAGCAGCUGAAAGAUCAGCUUCAGGAAAUAAGGCAGAAGAUCACGGACUGCGAGAGCAAACUGAAAGACUAUGUGGCCCAAAUCCAGUCGAUAGAAAACGGUCUUGAAGCAGAGAAAUUGCAGCAGGAAGUUCAGAAGGCCCAAGUCAACGAAGAGGAGGUUAAAGGAAAGAUCGGCAAGGUCCGGGGGGAGAUUGACCUGCAGGGCCAGCAGAGCCAGCGGCUGGAGAACGGGAUCAAGGCUGUGGAGAGGUCUCUGGGGCAAGUCACCAAGCGACUGCAGGACAAAGAACAAGAAUUAGAACAGCUGACCAAAGAGUUGCGGCAGGUGAACCUCCAGCAGUUCAUCCAGCAGACAGGCACCAAAGUCACCGUGCUCCCGGCCGAGCCCACCGAGGUUGAGGCCCCCCCGGACGUCGAGAGGGAGACACCGUUUCAGGCCGGGUCCCUGAAGCGACCCAGUUCAUCUCGACAGCUCCCCGGCAAUCUCCGCAUUCUGCAGAGCCCUCUCUCUUCCGGCUUUAACCCUGAAGGCAUCUAUGUAUAACAGCUGGGGGAGAGAAUGAGCCAAUAAAGGUACCCAGGACUGAGAACUUCCUCCUCUUUCAUUUGUACCAACGACCAUCCAGGGGAUCGCGUUUGCUGACCUGCCGCCCGUCCACCCUGUCUUUAUUUCUCUCCUCAACUGCAUAUCGCGUGGAGCCAUACUCUGUGCACUGACGUUCAAAAACAAAGAAAGUAUUUCCUCCAAUCAACAGUAUUGACAUUUUUGUCCAGCAGCUGUAAUGUAAAGCUUUUUAUUAUCAUUUAUUUUAUUAUUAUUAUUUGUAGCAUUUUUAAGAGCAUUAGUGAAGUCUACUACGUGUAUACAUAAAUUGUGAGUUAAGAAGUAAAAGAGAAAUACAUGAGCAAUGUAAGUUUAAUUUAUUCCAUAGAACCGAUCAGUGUGUGAAUGUUGCUGUUUUAAUACUCAUUACUGGUCCUGUGACUUCAUUAUGUUAAAUACUGUAUGAUUUAUGCAAGAUUCCGUCCGGUGUGGUUUUCUUACAGAUGCUGCGUGCUCAGCAUCCAGACUGAACGCCAUAGAACCUUUGCUUGUGUUUUAUGAAUCUCUGAAUCUGCAGUCACUGCCUCAUUUGCUGAAGUCAUUCACAUGUUUUAGUUUUUCUGUGUGUGUGUGUCUGUGUGUGUCAGUACUGAGUCUUGAACCCAGCACC